UAUUUUACAGACGGUGUAUCAAUAAACUGCGAGUUUAUGGUUGAGCCAGACAAAGUGAAUUCAAGACGCUGACUCCACGUGUCCAGCAGAUGUCGCCACACGUCGAGUUAUACGCGAUGCACAUCAACAGGGGUUUUCUUUUUUUCGAAUUGCCAUGCGACAGUUUUCCAAGUGCCAACAUCAUCCCUGGACCCACUGCGCAUGCGCGCGACGGCCCAUUCUUGUCCUGCAGGCAGCAUUCCGGGUGGAGAGAGUGAGUGAGAGAGAGAGAGAGAGAGAGAGAAAGAGAAAGACACCGGAGCUCUGAGGCCGCACACUUCCAACAUUCACAGCUGGAAACACGAGCUGUGUGUCGGAGGGCAGCUGCCACGUUCGAGCGGGAUAUGGGCUCUCCAGGCCAGAUACCAGGACAAGACAUGGAUCUGUAAAGCUCGUCCUCCCCAUCCAUCUCCAUUUACUGCCGUGCCUGCUGCCUGAACCAUCCCAUCUACCCCUGCUAAAGCUCUUUGGCUCAGACUCCUCUCAGAAAAGGGGAGAGGGAAAAGAAAACCCAAGUGGGAGGGCGAAGUGAACCCCCCCCCAGCUGCUGUGCCGACACACACAUGCUGCAUUACUGCCAUUCCCCAAGCCCUGCUCCAUCCAUCCCGAGGGCACAGCCACUAGCCUGCUAGCAAACUAGCAGUUGGCACAACAAGAAAGCCCGUCCUCUGUUACAAGGGAAAAAAAUACAAGCAGGCUGUUUACACUCCUUCUCCGGGUCAGCCAGCCACAUUGUCACCGACUGGGGGCUCCUUUUGUUUAGCCGUCACUCCCGCUGCUUUUGAGCAGUUGAGGAUUGCCCGUUGGUCAGUCGGUCACCCAGCGAGGCAGACUGAGGAAGCCGGGGGGGGGGGGUUAUUUAUCAGCGGCCAGGAGGAUGGAGCCCAGCAUGGAGAACUGCCUGGCGCAGGUCCUGCAGAAGGACAUGGGCCGGCGGCUGCAGUUGGGACAGGAGAUCAUCGAUUACAUCUUGGACAAGGAGAAGUCCCACGACCUGGAGCAGGAUCAGACGGCGCUGGACAAGAUGGUCGACGGCAUCGCCAGCUCCUGGGUCAACUGCAGCAACUUUAAGGUGGCUCUGCUCGGCCUGGACCUCUUAUCUGCCUUAGUGACAAGGCUGCAGGAGCGAUUCAGGGCCCAGGUGGGAACAGUUCUGCCCAGCCUCAUCGAUCGUCUGGGAGAUUCCAAAGACCAAGUGCGGGACCAAGACCAAACGGUGCUGCUGAAGAUCAUGGAGCAGGCCGCCUCCCCGCAGUACGUGUGGGACAGGAUGCUGGGAGGCUUCAAACACAAGAACAACAGGACCAGAGAAGGAGUGUGCCUUUGCCUCAUCGCCACACUGAACACGUAUGGAGCUCAAGGCCUGACCCUCAGUAAAAUUGUUCCUCACAUAUGUAACCUCUUGGGGGACCCCACAAGUCAGGUGCGUGAUGCAGCGAUGAGCAGCUUGGUGGAGAUCUACAGGCAUGUGGGUGAGAGGGUGAGGAUGGACCUCAGCAAAAAAGGCCUGCCACAGUCACGGUUGAAUGUAAUCUUCAGCAAAUUCGACGAAGUCCAAAGAUCCGGGAACAUGAUCUCAUCCUCUGGCUCAGAUAAGAACUUUGAGGAUGAGGACUCCAUGGACGGAGGCCGGUCCUCCUCCUCAUCAUCCUCAAAAGCGCCCCCCAGUGGCAGGAGGACUGUAAUGAGCUCCGUCAGAAGACCCAGCUCGGCCACCACAGCUAAGCCCACAGCUAAAGAAGUAGCAGCCGGUGCAGUUGAUGAAGAGGAUUUCAUCAAAGCCUUCGAAGACGUGCCCUCUAUCCAGAUCUACUCGAACAGAGAGCUAGAGGACCAGCUGACCAAGGUCCGAGAGGUGCUGUCCGAUGAAAAACAUGACUGGGAGCACCGAGUGGUGGCGCUGAAGAAGGUCCGUUCGAUCAUGUUGGCCGGGGCCACCGAGUAUGAGGGUUUCCCUCAGCAGCUGCGUCUCCUCGAGGCGCCCCUCAAGCUGUCAGCUAAAGACCUGCGCUCUCAGGUGGUCCGCGAGGCCUGCAUCACUCUGGGACAUUUGUCAUCAAUUCUGGGCAACAAGUUUGACCAUGGAGCCGAGAGCGUCAUGCCCACACUGCUCAACCUUGUACCCAACAGUGCCAAAAUCAUGGCCACGUCCGGGGUGGUCACCAUCCGCCUCAUCCUCAGGCACACACACUACCCUCGACUCAUCCCCAUCAUAACCAGUAACUGCACCUCCAAAUCAGUCGCAGUGAGACGGCGUUGUUACGAAUUCUUAGACCUCAUGUUACAAGAGUGGCACACGAACACACUGGAGAGACAUGUGGCAGUUCUGACUGAGACCAUCAAGAAAGGCAUUCAUGAUGCCGACUCUGAGGCCAGAUCCAUAGCAAGAAAGUGCUACUGGGGUUUCCAUGGUCACUACAGUCGGGAGGCAGAGCAUCUGUUCCAGGCACUAGAGUCUGCCUAUCAGAAGGCCCUCCAGUCCCACCUGAAGAGCUCUGACAGCAUCGUGUCUCUGCCCCAGUCUGACCGAUCGUCGUCGUCUUCCCAAGAGAGUCUCAACCGACCUUUGUCUGUGAAGAGUGUCAUUGGAGGGAGCAUAACAAGGAGUAAGCUGGUGAGCACCAGGGUACCUACUACGCCGGGCUCCCUCCAGCGCUCACGUAGCGACAUCGACGUAAACGCAGCCUCAAGUGCGAAGUCGCGCCUCUCCACCGUCCCUGCUUCCUCCUCGCCAUUCAGCUCGGCGGCUGCCCUUCCCCCGGGGUCCUACGCCUCACUAGAUGGCACUCCCGGUAAAAGCGAUGGUCGUGUACGCACCAGGAGGCAAAGCUCCGGCAGCGUGGGUGGAGCCGGUACUACGGUGGUGGACAGCAGGGGGCGUAGCCGAGCCAAAGUAGUCUCUCAGUCCCAGCGAUCCAGAUCAGCCAAUCCCAUCAGUGCCGGCAGUCGCUCCAGCUCCCCGGGCAAGCUACUCGGCCACAGCAGUUAUGGUAGGAUUCCUCGAGCCCCGGCGCCGGCCUCCAGCACGCCAGCUGACAAGCGCAGCAGGAUCCCCCGCAGCCAGGGCUGCAGCCGAGAGACGAGUCCCAGCCGAAUGGGUCUGGCCAGCCUGUGUGGUAAAGCUCUUCUUCCUGCUGCUCUUCCCUACCGCACGCUAGCCCGGAGCCGCAUUCCCCGCCCCAGCAUGAGUCAAGGUUGCAGUCGCGACACCAGUCGCGAGAGCAGCCGCGACACCAGCCCUGCUCGGGGCUUCGCUCCGCUGGCCUCCCGACGUCACUCCCGUUCAACCAGUGCUCUUUCCACAGCCGACCCCCACGGCCAGUCAGACCGUUAUGGUUUGAUUCAUCAGGCCAGAAUCUCGGCGUCAGUCAAUGCCAUGAGGGUCCUUAACACUGGCACCGAGGUGGAGGCAGCAGUCGCUGAUGCUCUGCUGUUAGGAGACUCCAGGAAUAAGAGGAAGCCCCUGAGGCGGAGGUACGAAUCGCCGGGCAUGUACUCUGACGACGAUGCCAACAGCGAUGCGUCUAGCGCCUGCUCCGAGCGUUCGUACAGCUCACGGAACGGAGGCAUACCGCAUUACCUGCGCCAGACAGAGGACGUCGCCGAGGUCCUCAACCACUGCGCCAGCUCAAACUGGUCAGAGAGGAAGGAGGGCCUGCUGGGCCUGCAGAACCUCCUCAAGAGCCAAAGGAUACUGAGCCGAGUUGAGCUGAAGAGACUGUGUGAGAUCUUCACAAGGAUGUUUGCAGAUCCACACAGCAAGAGAGUGUUCAGCAUGUUCCUGGAGACUCUGGUGGACUUCAUCACAGUACACAGAGAGGACCUGCAAGACUGGCUCUUUGUCCUGCUCACUCAGCUGUUGAAGAAAAUGGGGGCGGACUUGCUUGGUUCUGUUCAGGCCAAAGUCCAGAAGGCCCUGGAUGUCACAAGGGAGUCUUUCCCGUUCGACCAACAGUUCAACAUUCUGAUGAGAUUCAUCGUCGAUCAGACUCAGACACCAAACCUCAAGGUAAAGGUAGCCAUUUUGAAGUACAUCGAGUCCCUGGCACGACAGAUGGACCCGACGGACUUUGUCAACUCCAGCGAGACACGCCUAGCAGUGUCUCGCAUCAUCACCUGGACCACUGAACCCAAAAGCUCUGAUGUCAGGAAGACCCUUCAUAGCUGGUUGAGUGAGGAGCUAACUGGCAGGUCCAGUACUGCAGCCUUACUCUCCACAGAGAGCAACCAGGAAGAGAGGUGUAAGCAGGCCGCCCAGGUGGUGCUGAUCUCCUUGUUUGAGCUCAACACCCCAGAGUUCACCAUGCUGCUGGGAGCGCUGCCUAAGACCUUCCAGGACGGGGCCACCAAACUGCUCCACAACCACCUGAAGAACACCAGCAAUACCAGCAGCAGUGUGGGGUCUCCGAGCAACACCACUGGACGUACGCCGUCACGCCACACCCCCAACAGAACCAGCCCUCUCACGUCUCCGACAAACUGCUCCCACGGAGGACUGUCUCCAAGUCGGUUAUGGGGUUGGGGUGUCGACGGACUGUCAAAGCACCCCCCCGCCCCCCCUCCUCCUCCUCCGCCUCACUCCACCCCUGCUGCCCCCUCCCUAAGGGUCCUGCGCAGAGCAUAUUCACCCAGUAUGAUGGAGUAUGACACCGAGAACAUGAAUUCGGAGGAGAUCUACAGCUCGCUCCGCGGCGUCACCGAGGCCAUACAGAGCUUCAGCUACCGGAGCCAGGAGGACCUGAAUGAACCAAUCAGACGGGAGGGAAAGAGGGACGACGCUACCGGGAGAGAAGGAGUGGCGUCGUCCCCCGGCUCCGACGCUCGCUUGAGCGUGGACAUGGUGGAAGGAGGUCGCACUGCCUUGGACAAUAAGACCUCUCUGCUCAACACGCCCUCGCCACGCUCCUUCUCCGGGCCUCGUGGUCGCGAGUUUGCCCCGUACGGCUACGGAGAAACCAUCUGCACCUAUGACAAGAGUGCCAUGAAGGAGGCCGUGUUUGACGAUGACGUGGAGCAGUUCCGCGACUGCCGACGUCAGGAAAGUGGUGAAAACAAGAUGACGCUCCCCAAGGUCUUUGCUCCUGCAGUCGGUCAGGACCACUCGGACCUCGUGGCCGACCUUCUGAAGGAGCUAUCCAAUCACAACGAGCGCUCUGAGGAGCGUAAGGGUGCCCUGGUGGAGCUGCUGAAGAUCACGCGCGAGGACAGCCAGUCCGUGUGGGACGAACACUUCAAAACCAUCCUCCUCCUCCUGCUGGAGACGCUGGGGGAUAAAGAUCACACCAUCCGAGCCAUGGCCCUGCGUGUGCUCAAAGAAAUCCUGAGGAACCAGCCGGCCCGCUUCAAAAACUAUGCCGAGCUAACCAUCAUGAAGACUCUGGAGGCUCACAAGGACUCGCACAAGGAGGUGGUGCGUGCAGCUGAGGAGGCAGCUUCCACCCUUGCCAGUUCCAGCCACCCGGAGCAGUGCAUCAAGGUCCUGUGUCCCAUUGUGCAGACAGCCGACUACCCCAUCAACCUGGCUGCCAUCAAGAUGCAAACCAAAGUCAUUGAACGCAUCACCAAGGAGUCGUUGGUGACGCUGCUGCCCGACAUCAUCCCCGGACUCCUGCAGGGCUAUGACAACACAGAGAGCAGCGUACGCAAGGCCAGCGUGUUCUGUCUGGUGGCUAUCUACUCUGUGAUUGGUGAGGAACUUAAACCCCACCUGGCUCAACUCACGGGAAGCAAGAUGAAGCUACUGAACCUGUACAUCAAGCGCGCCCAGACGACCAACAGCAACAGCAGCAGCUCCUCAGACGUCUCCUCUCACAGUUAAUGGAGACCGCGUGGACGGACAGCGCCCCUCCGUGUCUGAGCUCCCCCUUCCUUGUCUUAAUGCUCACGCUCCAACGCUCUCCUCUCGCUUGUGGAGGGGCCCUCUUCAAACUGUUUGUCCUUCAGUUCCUUCCGCCCCCCUCCUCCCCUCCCUCUGCUCUCAGAACUUGUGAAUGUAACUCUGGGCUGGUUUUCGACUGGUGGGGAGGGAGUCCACACGUUUAGAGUUUUGUGGAUAUGGGAAAAAUGCACUUUGGUUCCCACGACCUCCACACUGCCUUUUUGUCAAUGGAGUCCUGUUCCUCCUCGAGCCCCUCAGAAGGAGUUCAUGCAUUAAUUAUUCACUCCAGAGUAGAGAUAUGAGCAGGAGAAACGUCUGUCGAAUCUGCUACAGUUUGGGACGACGUGUCAUUUGGCUGGCCCAAUGAUGGUAACAAGCCGGAAGGCUUUGGGAUGAAUUCUGGUUUGGGGGCGUGAAAACCAAAUAUUGCACGAAAACAGAAAUGUACAAGGGAACAAUGUGACAUAAAAAAAAGAAAGUACUGUAUAAACAUAUUAAGUUAAUGUUUUAAGUUAAUGGAUCAUGAUCACGGUUCAUGGGAGCCUGUGCUUCGAUUGUAGUCUGGGUUUUUUUUAUGUUCAUUUGUAAUUAAGAGUGAGCUUUUUAAAUUGAAUCCCCCCUCUGAGAUCCCAGACUGUAGUGAAAGACGCUACCGGGCCUUAUUCAAUUCACACAUACGCGGGACUACGGAGAGUGAACGGGACGUACGGCACUGUAGCUCUCGGCUCUCAAAAAAAAAGAAAAUGUGAAUCCGCAGAAGUGGGUUUUUCAGUAUUAGUCGUUGCCUUCCGCUUUCCUUCACCCCCCCUCACCCCCCUCACGCAGCCACAGCUUCUGCAAAUAACCAGUUACCCACAGAUAGAGGUAUAUUGUACAUACACUGUUUCACCACCGCUUCGCAAAACUUUUACAUAACUAUCAGAAGGAAAAAAAAGGAAAAAGUGAACGGGCCGGCGAUCUGACUCGUAAAACAGUUUUGCACGUUAGAAAAUUGGCUCCCAUGUGAUCUGCGGCACCUUCGUCCGGGUCGUCGGCUGUUUUAAGUGCACUUGUAACAUCGCCUCCGACCCGGUGUUCCAGAGGAGGCAGUCACAGGAACCAUGCUCACAUAGGAAAGGUACAAGGUGCAAGACAGAAGUAGUGAGGCAGGGUGUGGACCAAUCAUACCUCUCCGUAGUGUGAAUUUACAUUUUUCAGCUCAGAGUUUGAGGUGUUGAAAAAAGCUUUAACAUGUUGGAUUCCUGCUGCGACUCGGUACAGUUAAUCUGCUUUGGGGAAGGAUAAGACUGGUGUCGCUUCUGUUAUGUUGUUUGCUAACUUCAAGCAAAUCAAUAAUAAUAAUGACGAGGAUGACAAUGAGGCAAUAUGAAUAGUCCUCGGAUGUUUUCUGUUUCGGUAACGCGGUGAGGACGCUUCUCUUAAGUAAAUGAAUGUACAGAAUUUGCGUAUGUUAUAAUUUGCUUUAUGAAUACUGGUACUGAAAAUAAUCCCAGCCACCUGCCUCUCUGCUCUCUUCGCCUAAAUCCCUUCCGCCGGCUCACACCACGAAUCAGCCGAGUGUUGUUUUCAACGGGGGCUUUGCAAAAACGAGGGUCGACCUAACCGGGUCACCGGGUCACCAGGCCUCCGGCCUCCGGCCUCCUUGCAAAAACUGUUCACUAUGCAUGUCCUGCAGUACGCUGUCUCUCUUCUGUCAAGUAAUGUUCAUACCUGUAUUUAUAUAUUUUAUCUUAUUUUAUUUUAUUUUUUCUCAUUAUGAACUGUACAGAAGGGUUUUGUUUUUGUUCUUUGUUGUUUUUUGUUUUUGUUUAUGUCAAAAUCCACCUGUGAUAGAUUUGCAACAAUAUAAAAAGAAACUGUUUGCUCUUGAAAUAAACCAAUCUCAGAGCUCA